UACCAUGUACUUAACAGUGCCUCUAGCCGGUGUCACUCAAAAAGCUAGACUGCUGUGCCUCGAUUAUGGUGUUUAUUUUUAAUCCUUCUGCUGAUGCGUGGAAUAACAGUGUUUAGACGAAUAAACCACACCUUUUCUGUCGAGUAUAUAAAGACGAGUCUAUCAGUAGUUUAAACAUCACACUACUACUGAAAACAUUUUGGUAGAAACGUUCCCUAAGUUCCAACUCUAGCACAAACAUGAAGGCUAUGUUCGCCGGUAUGCUGCUUCUGGUGGCUGUUGCCAAUGUCAUGGCUGGUUACCUUGGUUAUGGAGGAUACGGUGGUGGUUAUGGAGGCUACGGAGGUGGCCUAGGUGGCUAUGGCGGCUACGGAGGUGGACUUGGUGGUUACGGCGGAUAUGGCGGACACGGAGGUGGAUAUGGUGGCUACGGAGGUGGACUUGGUGGCUACGGCGGAUAUGGCGGAUACGGAGGUGGAUAUGGUGGCUACGGAGGUGGACUUGGUGGUUACGGCGGAUAUGGCGGACACGGAGGUGGAUAUGGUGGCUACGGAGGUGGACUUGGUGGCUACGGCGGAUAUGGAGGUUAUGGUGGCGGCUAUGGCUGGCAUUAAAACCAACAUGUACAUUGUUUAAGAAGGAAAGUGAGUUAGGUCUCUUCACAAAAUCAAUACAAGCGGACGAACCAUCUGCAGCUUUUGUAUAUAAGACUGAAAUAUUGUUGAAGAAACGUCAGUUCCAUAUUUCAUUAUAUAACAUUGCUA